UGUCCCAGUAAAACAUUUGGAGGCUUUGAUUCCACCAAGGACCUUCCUGAUGAAGUUAUAACAUUUGCAAGAAGUCAUCCAGCCAUGUACAACCCAGUAUUCCCCAUCAACAACCGACCAAUCAUGAUCAAAACAGAUGUGGACUACCAGUUCACACAGAUAGUAGUAGACAGAGUGGAUGCAGAAGAUGGCCAAUAUGAUGUGAUGUUCAUUGGCACAGAUAUUGGAACAGUUCUCAAAGUGGUUUCAAUUCCUAAGGAGACUUGGCAUGAGUUAGAGGAAGUCUUGCUGGAAGAAAUGACAGUCUUUCGGGAACCCACUGUUAUUUCAGCAAUGAAGAUUUCCACAAAGCAGCAACAGCUCUACAUUGGCUCAGCCACUGGAGUUUCACAGCUUCCUUUACACCGCUGUGAUGUGUAUGGAAAAGCAUGUGCUGAGUGUUGCCUUGCGAGAGACCCUUACUGUGCCUGGGACGGUUCAUCUUGCUCACGUUACUUCCCCACUGCUAAGAGACGUACUAGACGACAAGACAUCCGAAAUGGAGACCCACUUACCCACUGCUCAGACCUGCAGCAUCAUGAUAACCCAGGUGGUCAGACCUUGGAGGAAAAGAUUAUCUAUGGAGUAGAGAAUAGCAGCACUUUUCUUGAGUGCAGUCCAAAAUCUCAGCGUGCUGUAGUCUACUGGCAAUUCCAGAAGCAAAAUGAUGACCGCAAAGAAGAGAUAAAGGUGGAUGAUCGCAUGAUCCGGACAGAACAGGGCCUAUUGCUACGAAGUCUUCAACGGAGAGACUCUGGUGUUUAUUUUUGUCAUGCUGUGGAGCACGGCUUCAUGCAAACUUUGCUCAAAGUGACCCUGGAAGUAAUUGAUACUGACCACCUCGAAGAGCUGCUCCAUAAAGAAGAAGAUGGUGAUGUCUCCAAGACCAAGGAUGCUACCAAUAGCAUGACUCCCAGUCAAAAGAUCUGGUAUAGAGACUUCAUGCAGUUAAUCAAUCACCCCAAUCUCAACACAAUGGAUGAGUUCUGUGAGCAAGUUUGGAAAAGAGACCGCAAACAACGCCGACAAAGGCCUGCCAAUGCGCAGGUGAAUACAAAUAAGUGGAAGCACCUACAAGAGAAUAAAAAAGGUAGGAACAGGAGGACCCAUGAAUUUGAGAGGGCACCACGGAGUGUCUGAGCUACAUUACCUCUAGGAACCUCAUCCAAGUGGAAACUUGUACAGACAGAUAACUGGAAAAAAAAUGCAAUAUUCAUGAACUUUUUCAUGGCAUUAUGUGGAUGUUUACAAGAGUGGAAAGUUCAAACAAUUUCCACCAGAUUUAAAUAAAAUCAAUUUCUAACUUUGCUAGUAAGUCUUUUUUCUCUGCUCUGAUUCUAAGACCAGAAAGACCAGAGUUUCAAGGAUGGUAACUCACCCGGACCUAGCUUACUGCUCAGAAAGUUCUGCAAGUGUUCCGCAGGCAAGUUUUGCUUUCUUUUGCCUGAGAUGUAAACAAAAUGCUGUAUUUCAUGCUGUCUUCUUAAAGAAAAGAAAAAUAAAAUCCCACCUUUCAUCAUCAGCACUACCAUUUCUAGACUUAUAUAUAAAACUGCAUGAACUCAUUAAGCUGAUGAACGUCUAAACACGAUUGGACACAAGGAUUUUGUUCUUGUUUUGUCUACCAGUUCUCCUGUUUAUAUGUACUAGAAGAGGAAAAACAAUACUGAAUAAAAUUGUUUGUUGAAAUCUGAACAACAUAAGCCAUCCAUCAUCUGGAAGAACAAAAAAUGUGGAGUACACUGGCCUACUACUGAUGACUUCUUUCAGCUUUGAUCUAAAGAUGUAUUUUAUUAAAACUAUAAUUUAAAUGUACCAUGAAAAAUAUGCAGCAAACAUUAGUUCUUUUCCAAAAUAGAUUAGACUUUUUGUCUUAGAAAUAUUGUACUUUCUAAUUAUUGGUUUAGAGAAGAAAAAAGACAACUACCAAUUAUGAGCUGCUUUACUCUUUUCUUUGGAAAAUCUUCCGGGGGAGCUAGUCACAGUGCAGUUAACCUCCUCCCCUCUCAGUAAUCUAUAUGACAUGUAACUUCAAAAUGAUGUUAAAACUAAGCUAUUUUAAUAUGAAAGUUGCUGUAUAGCAUGGAAGUCUUCUGCAUUCUUUUUUUCUAAGUAUGGUAUUUGAAAUGAUUCAACUUGCAUAAUACCUUGCUAUAGAUUGAACCAAUGAGGAGGAGAGCCUUCAUUUUCAGUUGUAUAUUUUUUUUCUAAUUAAAAAAGUAAAUAGCAUUAAAAUACCCUGUACUAAUUA